UACAGCGAUGCUAAUAUUCAAGAUUUAGCCGAGAUGACAAACGGAAACCAGGAACGAAGACGGUUUGAGACAGAUGAACCGGACUUGGCUAGGAAUAGGCUGUUCCUGUUGGUAAACUAAUGGUUAACCAUGAACUGGGUGGACUCCAGACUUUGUCAUGGAAGCUUCGGAGAUACUCUCGAAUCGAGCACAGGCCGAGCCACGUUUUUUGACUUCUCAUUUUAUGCAUCGCUCAACUUUGAGUUCCCAAUUCGACAUGCAAACGUCUGUGAGUUCGUGCGACAGUCUCUGGCGAUCUUCAUCUUCGUGGAGACAAGUUUAUGCUAUAAGCUCGAUCGAUGUCCGUCUUCGCCGACCUUGUGUCCAGUCUUCAGGACCGCUUUUUCGAUGAUCCCUCGGUGAUAGGAGUGCCCGCGCGAUACGCUGUCAUGUCCGACAGCGCCCAUCCUGGAGGCGCUGGCUUGCCGGAUGAGAAUCAAGGGCCUCGAAUCCUUGCGGCCACGACGAUCACGACUGUGUUCGCAUUUCUCACGGUGCUGGCGCGAAUGUACGUUCGAUUGUUUAUCAUUCGAAAUGUUGGCCUCGAUGACUAUACCAUGAUAUUAACCAUGAUGCUGUCUCUCGCUGGAUGGGCUAUUAUCAUACCUGAGGUUAUCUAUGGCGCAGGGCGACAUACAGCAUAUGUCAAGGACACGGCCACUACGGCCAUGCAUUUGAACUUCGCCACGCAAGGCAUCUACAUGUGGGCGAUAGGUCUCGUAAAGAUCUCCAUUGGGCUGUUCCUCUUGCGCUUUGCCCCGCGAAAGGGCUACAAGGUCUUCAUUUGGGUUGUGAUUGUGCUCAUGCUCCUCUAUACAACAAUUUGCUUCUUGACCCUCGUUUUCCAAUGUAAAGAUAUCCGGAGUAUCUGGGACAUGUCGGUGAAGUCUAGAUGCUUUACCCCCACGCAAUUGUUGGAGCUGAGCUAUACCAAUACUGCGCUGAAUAUCUUGACGGAUCUAAUAUUCGCCAUUCUCCCGGCCUUCAUGUUAAGGCACCUUCAAGUGAAUCGCCGGGUCAAAGCCUCGCUGGUCUGUAUUCUGGGAUUAGGAAUCUUUGCCUGUGCCGCCGCAUUUGUCAAACUCUCAGUCCUGCCCAACUACGGCCGCACAGGCGAUUUCCUCUGGGACUACUCUACACUUACAAUCUGGGUCGUCGUGGAAUCCAAUAUGGGUAUAAUCGCCGGCAGUCUCCCAACCCUAAAACCCCUCUUCAAGCAAGUCCUCGGCAGCUACGGCUCCCACUCAAAGACCCGCCCCUACAACACCUACGGCAGCAAACAAUACCGCCUCCGCUCCCUCUCCCGCUCUCGCCAAGGCCAAUCCCAAACCCUCCACAGCGCACCUCGUAGUCGCAUCGAAGUCGAGGCAGACCAAAAGCUCCCACCGUCCCGACACUUUGCGACCACCACCACAACCACAACCACCACCUACCCCGGAAACGACAGCAGCAACUCCAGCGAGGAGUAUAUCCUGUCACCCACCGGCCCGGAGGGUAUCAUGUGCACCACGGAGGUAAUGGUAUCGCAUACCUCGGAGGCGCGAAAUUCCGCACGCGGGAAGAAGUCGGCGCAUUUUGGGCGCGAUGAUAUGGUUUAGGGAUUUAGGUUAUUUGUCAUCGGGGUUGGGUUUCCAUCUGACGAAGUUCAUGACUUGAGUUUAAUUAUAUUAUUCUAUAUUAGAUUAGGGGCUUGGAGUCUUUUGGUUCGGUAUGGGAGGCUAUUUGUUAAGUCUUUUUUAUAUGAAGGAUAUUAGUAA